GUCCGUCUACCGGGUAGAGCAGGAUAUAAGUUAUCACCGGGACAGAGAGUCUAAGAGUAGUUAGUUAGGUUAAAUGAGACGACUUCAGUGUAAUUUGUUGAGGAAUUUGAGCUUCACUGUGUGAUGGUAACCGGACGCAGAGGAGAUUGGUGCGCGCACGUCGUGGAGCGGCACCAGUCCGGGAUCAACUUCGCGCUGCUGAUCAUUUCAUACAUCCUGUACCUCAUCAUCGGUGCCGCGAUCUUCUCCGCCAUCGAGCUGCCCUACGAACGCGAACUUCGGAAGGAGCUGAAAGUAGCCAGACUUGACUUCCUGAGCAACAACACCUGCGUGUCUGACGCGCACCUUGAGGAGCUGCUGGCUCGCGCGCUGGUGGCCAGUAAUUAUGGAGUGUCCGUCCUUGGUAACGACACCAACAAGAACUGGGACUUUGUGUCCUCUUUGUUCUUCACCAGCACUGUGCUGACAACUACAGGUUAUGGCCACUCUGUUCCUCUGUCUGAUGGAGGGAAGGCAUUCUGUAUCUUCUACUCCCUCGUCGGAAUCCCCGCUACCCUCUUCUUCCUCUCUGCCAUAGUGGAGAGGCUAAUGGACCUGCUGUCUCGAAACCCGACCUCCCACUUUCAUCGAAGGUGGGCCAUGUCAAGACCAAAGCUGGCCAUAAUCCACGCCGCCUCUCUCAGCAUCAUCAUGGCUCUGCUCUUCCUCUUUAUCCCCGCCUGGAUCUUUAUGGCCAUGGAAAAAGACUGGAACUUUCUGGAGUCUCUGUAUUUCUGUUUCAUCUCACUGACAACUAUAGGCCUUGGGGAUUAUGUCCCUGGAGAAAUUCAAAAUAAAGAGGACAACCCACACCCACACAUGUACAGGCUUGCCAUUACAGUCUAUUUGCUGGUGGGCUUGGUGUGCGUCCUGGUGGUGUUGGAAACCUGUUACGAGCUUCCCCAGCUCAAACUCCUCAGGCGGAGGUUUUACAAAGAAAAUGUUCAAGAGCUGGACUCCGAAGCCACCAACAUCAUCAGCCGCGAUCAACUGAGUGACCAGUUGCCUAACCCUGGAGAUCACAUGACCAAUCAGCUGCCAGUCAUCUCUUCUGUGUCACAACAGGCCGAUACGCUGCACCAGAAUGGCACGUCAGGGCCGUACACCCCAGCUUCAGGAACCACUGUUAAUGAAAAGCUGAGCUAACAGCUGUCUAGAAUAACAUGGAGUAGGUGUGGUGGAAGUUAAUUAACUAGUUUAUCAACUUUUCCUUCUUAUUCCUGCUCUGUUAUUGCAUGAGCAUGCUGUAUGUACAUACAAUAGACACUUAGCAAAGUCAAGAUUCUUAAAAAAAAAAAAAAGAUUGCUCCCUGCCAACACCAAGACAGAUAUGUGCUGUGAAAACAGGAACCGCCCACUCGGCAUGGCAUUGUUUUCUCCCCACUUGCUUUAUCAACUGCAGAUACAGAUCACAGAGGAAGGGUCCGGCUCCAAAACGGAGGAAAACCCCACAAGUUUCCGACUCCGGACAAAGUCUUCAUGCUUUAACUCCAAAGCUGCACAGCUAUCUGUAGAGGACUUCACAUCCGGUCUUAGUACAUUAAAUAUCUGUGAUGGUAUUUGCAUAGGAAAUUUGCGUCAGGGCAAUCUUUUACCAUCUUAUGGCUUAGUGCAUGGCUCAUGCAGGUAUUCCAGGAAGAAGAUCAAGUGUUGGCUUUAAAUAAAUACUUUAAUACACGGUUCCUUUAAGUGGAGGAUUAGCUUUUAGCUCCUAAUGGCAUGUAGAAAAAUCUACACUGCAGUAUACAAGAGAUAUGCCACUAGAGGGAAGCACUUUCAUGUUGCAGGGAGGAGCUCUUUCAAAUGAAGUUAGAAAUUAAGAAAUGGAUGCAGAUGUUUUGGAGCCCAUAAUUUCAUUAAAUAAAUCCCAAUUUGCUGCUGAUAUGAGCUAAAUGAUCACCUAAUAGUGAAUGUUUUUUUUUGCCUGUAAUCAUUUUUAUAUAUGAAAAGGCAUACCCACGCUUUCAGACAACAAGUAAAUCAUUAUUGUUAUUUUUACUGGUUUAAGGGCUUUAACAAACACAGAACUUUAAUAUUGUUGUUUUUACCAAAUACACCUAAUGUUCUGGGUAUAAUAUAAAUUUUGAAUCACAACUAUUGUGUAAGGGUAUUGCGUUUUUAAUACAGUACCUUACAAAAGUAUUCAUACCCACUGUACAAUUUAAUGUUUUUUUUGCAUCAGUGGAUUUUAAUGGGUUUUAAUGGGAUAUCUGUAAUAGAAUAACAAAGUACUGCACAAUUGUAAAGUGGAAGAUUUUUUUUUUAUAAAUAAAGAUUUUAAAAGUG